AUGUACAUGCAUGCUGCCAAUGCCUCCCUGCUUCCUGAGCACGGGGAGAAGGCGGCAUGGUGGGCGGAGUGGUGGGCGGGUGGUGGGUUCUUUCUCGGCGGGGAGGAGGAGGAGGAGGAGCGGCUGCGGGAUGCUGGCCAGGCAGGCACUGCGAGCAUCUCCCAGGACACUGAGGUCCAGCUCUGCAUCCCUUACACUGAGGCUUCUCAUCCAAUUGUUUCCCAGGUGGAAAAGGGAAAAGAGCUGGAGCUGAAGGAACAGCUUGAUGCCCUGAGGAGAGAGCACACGGAAACCCUGCAAGAGCUCCAGGGAGCACAUGAGCAGGAGAAGCUGCUGCUGACAGAGUCCCACCACAGGUCUGAGGCAGUCUUACAGGAGAAAAUUCAGGAACUGAAUUCCCAGCUGAAAUCCUUCCAGGAGAGGAUGAAACGGGUGGAGGAGUCACUCUUGAGAACAGACUACAAGAAGCACAUCCAGGAGCACGGGAGCCCCAGCCCCUUCUGGGAGCAGGAGCUGGAGAGCCUGCACUUCGUCAUCGAGAUGAAGAACGAGCAAAUCCAUGGCCUGGACAAGAAGCUGCUGCACCUGGAGACUGUGGAGGAGAGGAACCUUUUGCUGGAGGAGAAGGUGAAAACCCUCCAGCAGGAGAACGAGGACCUGCACGUUCGCACUCAGAACCACUUGGUGGUGGCGAGGCAGCUGUCCGAGGAGCUGCGGAGCGCCCGCGGGGCGCUGGAGAAGGAGGCGCAGCUGCUGGACCAGGCUCGCCGGGAGAAGGAGGAGCUGCUCUACCGAGUGCUCAACGCCGGGGACGGCCCCUUCCCCCUGGCUACCGGCGAGGCGUCUCUCAUCGCCACGUAG